UCUCCGGGUCUCCGCGACAGCUACGGCGCGUAAAUAGAAAGUGAGGGCUUUGGGGAGAAGGUAGACCUCUUGCAUCCCCUGAGGCUGCUCGAAGUACAGUAAUGGGGAACUUGUUUUGGUGCCCAGACGCCUAAGCCCCUACAGAGGACCUUCUAAGCACUGACAGGCCCUGAAACAGCUGGCAGAACGGUUGAUGAAUGAAGGAAGUGACUUUGCGUUGUGCAGUGCAUGCUGCAUGCAACCCGGAUAGGUCCAGUUUUGAAUUCAGGACCUCCGUGUCUUCAAAGAAUCGAAUAUGUGAUCUAUUUCUUUCUUCCUUGGAGACCUGGCUAGGAAGUAACUUCAUGUAACGUUUUUUGAUGGCGCCUUGUCUGAGGACUCCAGCUGCUUUGAUGAUAGCCUAAGAAGGCUGCACGCUGUUCCCUGUCAGCGCCAAGCCAGGCCCAUUCAGAACCUCGGAUCUCAGUCCUUCAUGGAGACCAGCUCUCAGCAGGAAAUUGGCACCCAGAUGGUUCCUCCACGUGAAGUUGUCUGUGGCUGUGGGCAGACUGGAGGACACCUGGUGGCCAGGCCAGCCCUUUAUCAAUCAUCUGGGUCCGGGCAGCAUGGUGCGGAUUCAGAGGAGGAGGCUUCUGGCACCUUGCCUGUGCGUGACAGCUGCUGUCUUUCUGAUGGUCACACUCCAGGUAGUGGUUGAGCUGGGGAAAUUUGAAAGGAAGAAGUUUAAGAAUUCCAACUUUCACGAUGGACAUAAAAAAGUGGAAGAGCCUCAACAUCUCCACCUGUUUCCUAAAAAGGAAGCGUUGCCCUUGGAUGGGAAGAACAUGGUGGAUGUUGGUAGCUACCCCAUCAUGCUGUGGUGGUCCCCACUGACCGGAGAGACUGGCAGGCUUGGCCAGUGUGGGGCUGAUGCUUGCUUCUUCACCAUUAACCGGACCUUCCAGCAUCAUCACAUGACCAAGGCCUUCCUCUUCUAUGGUACUGACUUUAACAUAGACAGCCUACCCCUGCCUCGGAAAGCCCAUCAUGACUGGGCGCUUUUCCACGAAGAAUCUCCUAAGAACAAUUACAAGCUCUUCCACGAGCCAGUCAUCACCUUAUUCAACCACACAGCCACAUUCAGUAGGCAUUCCCACCUGCCACUGACCACUCAGUACUUGGAAGGUGUGGAAGCCCUGACGUCACUCAGGUACCUCGUUCCUUUGCAGUCUAAAAACAAGCUAAGACAAAAGCUUGCUCCCCUGGUGUAUGUACAGUCUGACUGCGAUCCACCAUCAGACCGGGACAGCUAUGUUCGUGAGCUGAUGGCUUACAUUGAAGUUGACUCCUAUGGCGAGUGUUUACAAAACAAAGCCCUUCCCCAGGGGCUGAAAAAUUCUGCCUCCAUGGAUGCUGAUGGCUUCUACAGGAUCAUCGCCCAGUACAAGUUCAUGCUUGCUUUUGAGAAUGCAGUCUGUGAUGACUACAUCACAGAGAAGUUCUGGAGACCACUGAAACUGGGGGUGGUGCCUGUGUAUUAUGGAUCCCCCACCAUCGCAGACUGGCUUCCAAGUAACAGAAGUAUCAUUCUGGUAUCCGAGUUUUCUCACCCCAAACAACUGGCCAGUUUCAUUAGACAACUGGAUGAUGACGACAGCUUGUAUGAGGCCUAUGUAGAAUGGAAGCUGAAGGGUGAGAUCUCUAACCAGCGACUCCUGACAGCUCUCCGGGAACGGAAGUGGGGCGUGCAGGACAUUAGCCAAGACAACUACAUCGAUACCUUUGAGUGUAUGGUCUGCCGCAGGGCGUGGGCAAAUAGUAGGCUACGGGAGCAGGGCUUACCACCCAAACAGUGGAAGGCAGAAGUUAGCCACCUGAGCUGCCCGGAGCCGACCCUGUUCGCCUUCUCAUCUCCAGCUUCUCCAGCCCUACGUGGGAGGUCCUUGAGGGAGCUGUGGCUACCUAGCUUUCGGCAGUCUAAGAAAGAAGCCGAGGCACUGAGGUGGCUGGUGGAUAGGAAUCAGAACUUUUCAUCUGGAGAGUUUUGGGCCUUGGUAUUUAAGGACUAAUUUUAACAGGUACUAGAAUGACAGAAUAAGGCUAAUUUUCUUGGAUGCCUUAAUAUUUGAAGGUAAUAGCUAUUCCACCAAGUAUCCUUUAGGAUAAGAGUUAGUUACAGCAGUUCUCACAAAGAGUCCUGUCAAAUAACAGCCAUGAAUUACUUUUAGGGGUUGCCUCUAUAUUUUUAUACUAAAAAAAGCAGACAUUUAAAAAUGGACAUUUAAAAAUGGUUGCCUUCAGUGUAUGUAUUUGGGCCCGUGUACUCACCGUCUUCUUUGGAGCCUGACCCAAGGUCAAGUGCCUUCCUUGCUCCAUGUCUAGCUGUGAGUGUGUGAUGCUCACCUCCCUGCCAGCAGCUCAUUGGUAUUUGGCAAGCCCCGUUUCUUGAUGCUGAGAGUGAAUGAAACGAGUUAGAACUUGGCAGUGAGAGAUUCCAUCUGUUGUUCUCAGGGAUGUGAGUGAGUAAGAAAACCUGUGUCAGGCUUCCCUGCCCUCCCAGUUCAAAGGAUAGACGCACAUCUUCCUGCCACCUCCUAGUCAGGUCUAUAUUCAUUUCACCUGGGCCCUCCUCCCAUUUCCCUCCCAAGUGGAAUUUUCUAUAAAGACAUUACUCCUCCUCAUUUUUCCACGAGUGAGAUAUCACUAAUUGUUUCUUAUACUAUAGAGCAGGAGAGGAAAAAAAUGUCAGAUUCAUGGCAUAAGAGCCAUUUGUUUUGAACAAGGUGAGGGCAGUGAAUGCCUGUCUCUCCUUUGGGUUGGAGCUGAUUGUCAUUAGGAUGAUGGAUACCACCUGUCAAGGUAGGCAGACAUUCUGCUGAGGAGCAUUUCCAAGUUUCUAAUGCUGCUGGAAAAGGCAUCAGCCGUAUUAUCUGGUUACCCACUGGAGCUCACAGAAAAUAAAGAGGAGCAAAACUGGCUUUCAUUCCAUUAGGUAAGGAGACUUCUAGUCAGCACAGAAACCUCGUGAUAACUGGUGUGAUGGCUUUUGUGUUCUCUAUGUCGGAAGACAAGCCAUUGCAGCCAGCCUGUAAGAAAUGAGAGUUAAAGACACAUAUUCUUUAUUUUUUCAUCUUGUUUGUCUGUGGGCAGUUUCUCCUCAAUCCCACAUCUGUCAUGGACUAAGCAUUAUCUUAAACAAAUCCCUUAACUUCCCUGGACCUUGGGUUUUGUAUCUUAAGAAGAAGUGAUUGAUCUGGUCUUUGAAGUUGUAAUAUUCUUUAACCACUCAUCAAUAUUUAAGAUGAUUAAUUUUAUAGGAGCUCUUACUAAAGCGGGAAUAAACAGGCUUAGAUUUGUGUUUUUCAAGAGAAAUACAUUCUUUGGAGAAAGAAACAUAUGUAUUUUACAUAGUAUUGAGAAUGGAAGAAAUGCCAUACCAGUUGAUCUAACAUCCAAGCAGCAAAUGUUUGAAAAUGAUUGUUGAUGUAAAGUUAGGCUUUAAACUGUGUACUGAAUGAAGUGGAAUUCUUUCUGAAUCCUCAAAAACGGUCUGCAAAAGGAUUUGUAUCUUUGACAAAAUAAUGUAGCAGCUUCUCUUUCCAUAAAUGUCUAAAAAAAAUAUUCAGUGCUUACAUGUGUCUUCAAUGUUAGUGUUUUAGGCAUUUUGUAACAUUUUUUGAGAACUUCAAAUGAGUAAUGAUAAUGACUUUCCCCCACCUUUCCCAAUAUCCUUGCACUGUCCACUCCUUCUUUGUCUUUUUUUAAUUGAAAAUUGAUUCUUCUCUCAUACAAUACAUUCCAACACAGUUUUUUUCCCUCCAUUCCUAGCUCUCUUCUACCUACCUUCUCCUGCAAAUCCUCUUCCCCUCCAUUUCUUCUUCAGAGAAGAGCAGCUGGAUAGACAACAGCCAAACAGGACAAAACAAGAUAGAAUAAGAGAAGGCAAAAGCCCUAAUAUUGAGGCUGGACAUUAAUAGUAUAAUAGAAGAUUGGCGUAGUGGCACACACCUGUAAUCCCAGCACCUGGGGAGGUAGUAGCAGGCAGAUCUCUGUGAGUUCAAGGCCAGCCUGAGCUACAAAGCAAGUCCAGGAUAGCUAAGGCUACACGGAGAAAAGAGAAACCCUGUCUCAGAACACACACACACACAUAUAUGUAUAUGAAUAUAUAUAUGAAUGAACACACACACAUAUAUAUGUAGUAUGUGAAUAUAUAUAUGAAUGAACACACUAAAUCCUGUUAGUACCACUCAUAUGUGCAUGGGGGAGGGGCCAUACCCUGGAACACAGGAACACUUUCAGGGGCUACAUUCUCAGUUGUAAAUAGCUCCUUUGUAAGGCUUGGAGCCUGGAGAUAAUCUGUCCCAUUUUUGCAGGGACUGUGACUGACUAUUUUGUGCAGUUCUUGUAUAGGAAACCCCAGCGGCUCUGAGUUCAGCUGUGUGAUAGCAAUGCCAUGUCUAGAAGAUGCCAUUUCACAACACCCGUUCCUGUCUUCUGGCUCUUAAUUAAAUUCGUUUCACCCCCUUUUUCCUCAGUGUUGCCUGAGCUUUGACUGGGGGCAGUGUCUGCUACCCACUGAAAAAGGAAGUGAGCCUUAAAUCUAACCAGAUGAUAGUUGGUUAUCUCCAUAGCAUUUGUGCCACAAUUGCACCAGAUAUGCACUAGCAUAUCUUGCAAGCGGUUGCAAGGUUUAUGCCUUGGUUGAAGAUUUCCUUACUCCUCUGGUAGCAUGUAGAGUACCUUCCCAUAGCAUGAAUGCUAGUCAGUAGGGUUGAAGCCUCUAGUUAGGCACCAGCUUGACUUUGCUGUUUUCAGUGCGAUAUAUAGGUGUUGUCUUGAGCAUUGGGGCUUUACCAUCAGUUUAUAGAGAAAAACAAAUAGCCUUGACAGUAGCUUGGGUUAUCUGGGGGUGUUUGUUGGGGCCUUUUGGCCAAUGACUCAAUAAUAUGUAACCUAUUCCUGACACUGAAGGUUUCAUUUAGUGGCAAAAGAUACUCAGUUGCAGCAUUGUCUCUCUUACUAUUUUAUGACUCCAUUUAGAUUUCUUUUGUAUAUGUGUGUAUUUUAGGAAGCUUCUAUAAUAGCAGAUUUCCAUAUGGCUCCUCAAUUAGGCCUUAGUUUUAGUUGACUCUCUCCAUAUUCUCUCUCUCAUGGCUCUGAAAAUCAUGUGCUUCUUCUUCUGUGAUAUUCCCUGAGCCAGAGGUGUAGGUAUUAUGUUAAACAUAUACUUUUUUGGGCUGGACACCUCUUGCUCACUUACUUUUUGCAUUUUGACCACUGGUGGAUCUCUUAAGUAGCCUUCUAUGAUGAGGUUCACCAUAUUGAUGAGAGCUACCAUUAUCUGUGAGUAUAAGAAUAAAUGUUAGAAUACAGCUAGAAACUAUAUUGACUUAGGAAGAUGGUAAUUGUAACUUCUCCUCUUGGUUCUGUGACCUUUCCGGCCAUGGGUAGUUGGCAGGAGUUCCUUAAGUCCAAUUAGUUUCCAUCGAGAUACAAGUGUCACCAGUGCACAUUUCACGUCACCUUGUUCCAUCAUGUUCUUUUUUUUAAAAGAGUUCCACAAUAAAAUCUUGUCUAAACUUCAUUGGAGUAUAUCUCUAAAAAUUUGUAUGGGAAAUAAAAUCUUUGAUUAUGUGAUUACCCCUUCUUCAACUGUAGAGGAUAGAGAAGAGGGGAUUGCUUGGGACUAAAAAAUGCAGUACAGAAAACAAAAGUUUGAUACUCCACCCAUUAAGCAAAAUAAUAGUAGUAUGUUCACUCAUAUACAACUUGCUUCUGAACUCAGAUCUCUGUACCUGGUGAUUGGCCUGCCUAUUGGAUCCUCCCCCCGCCCUUGACUCCCUGCAAAGAGAUGUGGCUUUGUGCAGUGGUUGGUAGCAAACACAGACACUCACAACUGAUCAGCUGGUCAAAGUGCAGAGAAUGAGGGUCAGUGGAAGGCUCAACUACAAAUGGGAUAUAUAUAUAUAUAUAUAUAUAUAUAUAUAUAUCAUGCCAUUCCCCAAGGCUGGGGACCACGGAGGAGGAGAAGGCAGAAAGACCGUAAGAGGGAGAGGUCGGGGGGGGGGGGGGCGACACUGCAGUGAAACAGUGUCUUCUGGACAUGACAGGACUGCUGCGCUCUUGAACUCACAGAGGCUGAGCUUGCCUGCCCAGGAUCAAGCUAGUCGUUCUACCCUGGAGUGGGAAAUGAGUUUUGAACCCUGGCCUGUAACUAAGGAACUGUGGACGGUUGAUGGUUGUUGUUUUCUAGGGAAGAGAGAGUCACUUUUCCUUAAGGAUGUUGUUCCUGGUAGGUUGGCAUUGUUUGUGGAGAUUAUCCAACACCCAGGAGUGUAUGGACGGCACUAGUUAGACCCUGCGGUUAUUAAAAAAAUAAAAUAAAAAGGACAUGACAUUGUGAGGUCUGUGAGGUCAGGUGUGUCUAGGGGUGAAUACGAUCAAAAUAUAUUAUAUGAGGUUCUUAAAAAAUUAUUAAAAACUUUUUUAGCUUUUUCAUUGAUUCUUUGUGAGUUUCAUAUCAUGCACCCCAGGCCCACUAAUCUCCCCACCACCUCAUAUCUGCUCUUGCAACCUACUCCCCAAAGUAAAACACACACACACACACACACACACACCACUACUACCACCACCACCACCACCACCAACACCACCAACAACAAAAACAACAACGAAAGCAUAGAAAACAUCCUGGAACCUUUAGACCGUCACAGUGUGUCCCGCAGUAUGUCCCUCUGUGCACAUAUCUUCACUUGCAAAUGUUCAUUACAAUGAGUCAUGGGUCUAGUUUGAGAUCUCUGCCUUCUGUGACCCCUUCAAUACUGAGUCUCCUCAACGAGACUCCUUCUGGUUGCCCUGUGUCAUGGAGAUCCUGCAGGUUUGGAUCAGCAGGACUGGCCCUUCCACAGGUCCAAACCAUUUGCAGAUGAUAUAGGUUUUGGAGUGGGCCAAUUCAGAGCCCUGGAUCUGGGCCUGGGUAGAAGCUGAGUUGGUCAUCCCACUGGCUCUCUCUCAUCUGCACCACUAGGUCAAGAUCCUUAGCACUGCUCCAGCUCUGCCACCCGGUGCUGCCACUGGCAGGAGGUAGGGUCAACUCUCCUACUCUCCGGCACUCAGGGUGGCUCACCAGCACCCAUGCCUCCAGAGCCAGCUCCAGUGUGCUGCCCAGGCAAGGUUCAGAGCCCACUCUCCCACAUGCUGCAGCUUGCUAGGGUCUGGGCCAACUCUCAUGCUCUCUCACCCUCAGAGCUGGCUCACCUGUGCCUUUGCUAGCAGAGCCAGCUCCAAUUGUAUUGCCCAGGUGAGGGCCCACUGAAUGCUACAGCCAUGAGGGGGCAGGGUCAGCUCUCCCUCACUCUUUCCUCAGAGCUGGCUCACUCGCUCAUGUGUGCAUUCAAAUCUGGCUUCCAGAAGCUGUAGGAAUCAAGGCUGGAGUGAGGGCCAGCACUACUGUGCUGCCCAGGCCAGGUGAAGAGCAUGCUAUUCCAAGAGCUGCUGCUUAUGAGGGGCAGGGCUAGUUUUUUUUCAGCUCAUGACCCUGUGGGCGAAGGGCAGAGGGGCAGUUAAUAAAAAUAUUUUAAUGAAGUACCUUUCAGUGAAAAUAAGUGAGGCAUUAUAAGACUGCGUACCCACAGAUUUGAGGCUUACAUGCUUUGAGACUUAUUUUUGUUACUUAGCAUUUGCUUCCUCUUUCAUUAGGUUUUCCUUAAUAAGAUGCCUUCCUACUUCUGACAAUGAUUGUUACAGGGUGAGGAGUGUCUCCUAAUCUAACAGGCCUCUUAUCUGCAAAUAGAAAAGCUGCCCUCUGAAUGCCUUAGUGUGCUUUCCCUGUGUUUGUCCUGUCAUGCCACACUUCUCUUUACCUCCCUCUCUGUGAACUGCUUCAAGGGGCUGCCAUGAGGAAUGUCAGUGCAAUACUCACUUUAGUGCCUCAGUAUAUUUCACUUGGAUUAUUCACAAGAAAUAAGUUUCAAAACAGUUUGAAAACAUGGACAGAAAAGCUACCAGAAUUUUUAUGAAGAGGAUUACUAAUGUUCACCAAUAGUCUUUGCCUUUCCACCUAAAAAUAGUCAUUGUGACAGGCAAUGUAUUGAUGUAAGAUGAGAGAGAGAGAGAGAGAGGGAGAGAGAGAGAGGGAGAGAGAGAGAGGAGAAAGAGAGAGAGAGAGAGAGAGCAAAGGGUCUGCUCUCCAGGGCUUUGCAAUUUUAUUAAAACCAGGGACUAGGAUACUGGAGCGAUGGCUCCAUGAGAGUACUGGUUGUGCAGAGGACCCAAGUUCACUUCAUAGAAUCCAUGUUGGCAGCUAAUAUCUCCAGCUCCAGGGGACCUAAUGACCUCUCCUGGACUCCAAAACAUCCUCACACAUUCUCUCUCUCUCUCCUUUCCUUUCUCCAUUCCUCCUUCCUGGGAUCAUAAAACAAAUCAUAAACAAAACAAACAGCUGCGGUCGUGGUUGUGCACUCCUUCAAUUCCAGCACUCAGGGAAGCAGAGGUAGGUGGAUCACUUCGAGUUCCAGGCCAGCCUGGUCUACAAAGCAAGUCCAGGACAACUAAGGCUACAGAGAAACCCUGUUUUGAGAAACAAAAAAAUGAAAAACAAAACCAAACAAAACAAAAAACAAACAAACAAACAAAACCAAACAAAAAACAAAUCCAAAAUAAAAAACCCAAACAGGUACAAAGGAAUGCCCAGAGUAUUCCUGGUUAACUCCUUAGGAUUUUUGAUGCUUUUUGCACACAGCUUCAAACAGCGUGAUGACUCUGAAAUGGUCCUGUGACAGUAGUGGACAAACCCUAUAAACCUUUCUGUCUGAUUGAUGAGUACAGUUUAGACCUGGAACCCAAGGAGGCUCUUUUCUUGCCUUCCUAAUACCCUUUUCUGAUUCUUGGAACCCGGACCAUUUAAUGUACCUGAGCUUAGAGGGAGGGCAUAGAAGUGACCAGAUCUGUAGCUCUAGUUGUUCACUCAAAGGAGAUCAAUGAGGAGGAAGAAAAGAAGAGGAAGCCCUUUCCUCUGCUUCAUGUGUUGUGGAUGUAAAAUGACAGGUACAACACUGGAGAGAGCUUUUACACCCUAGUGAUGUUGCUCCACCACUUUCCCAGGCUUUCACAUGUUAACAUGGAACCUAACCGGGCUGGAGAUAGGGCUCACUGAGGACCUGGGCAAAGGGCCAUGGUGUGGGGAGGAGUGAAGGGAACUCUCUAGGAUUUUAUUCUCUCAACUCAUGGGGCUGAGCAGCCUUAAUUAUUCUAAGUCCGAGGUGAAGCCAUAUCUGACCAGUCAUAACAAGAGAGAUCUUUGUCCAUCUUCAUGGGCUUCUUGACUGUCCCUUAUUCCUUUAUACUCCUUGGGACAGUGAUCUAGAAGCGUCCUUCAGUCUGUGCCAUUGAAGCUUCUGAAAUGAGUCAGGAUUGGACAGUGAGGAAUGCUUCUGAGGACAUUUGGGUAUUAGGCCAACAAUACGUCCCCUAUGUUACUGAAGAUCCCCACAUCAUCCAAUCUAGAGCCUGAGAAGAUAGAGUCUACGAAGGCUCUUAGGAAUAUUCAAAAUUUUACUACCAUGGACUUAAUUUUUUUUACAAUGACUGAGCUGAUUAGGAGACUUAAAGAUCAUUAUUGUAGGUGAUGGGGGUAUUAAUGGUUUGAGGCUGGCCAUAUUCCAAGAGCCUUUGAGAUGAACUUAAGCUGUUUUUCAAACAUACAGAGUAAACUCCUUUGAUGAGUCUCCUCAAAGGAAGGGAGAAAGGACAGUUUAUGAAAGAAUGCCCAUCGUAAAGCAAUAAAAAUGAUUAGUUAAACAGAAAUCAUGGGAUGUGUAUAUAUGUUAAUAUUUAAUAUAUAAGGAAUUUAUUAGGUUAGGUUACCUUAAAAUAAAAAUAACACUGGAGAGGCUGAUAAUUGUGUAGUUUCUUGACCCUGAGGCUGGGGGGCCUCAGCCAUGAGAGUGGUCCCAUAGCAGCUGUAUUUUCCGACGAGAGGCUGACCAUCCAGCACUUGCGUAGGCCACAAGGCUGGUACCUCAGCAGUCGCAAGCUGCACCUAAAACCUGGGAGGUUCCUGGUCUUUAGUCCAUGAUGGAUGCCUGGCCACCCUGGCUUUGGUAUCAGUGGAGGAAGCAGCAGCAGCAACUGAAAUCAACUCAGUGGCAAGAGUGAAAGCCAGGUGAACAAAAGGUGAGGAAUGGUCUGCUGCCCCCUUCUUUCUGACUGCCUCCAGAAGGUUCCUCUCACAAUCAGGUGGGUUUCCACUCCCCCGAUUAAGGCAUUCAAGGCAGUUCUUCAGUUGAGGCUUCCUACCCAGGUGACUUUAAUGUGUGGCACGCUGACAUUAGAACCGACGAUAGUGGCAAAAUUGGGAAUGCACACGAGCCUGCACUUAACAUCAUAAACAUGAGGACCUGAGUUUGUAUAUUAGAGACACUAUGUCAGGGGUCUAUAAUCUCAGAGCUGGGAGGUAGAGAUGGGGGACCUCUGGGCUUGCUGGGCAGCCAGUGCGGUCACAUGAGUGAGCUCCAGGUUCACUGAGAGGCACUGUUCCCUCCCAAUGAAAACCUCAGGCCUCCUCAUCCACGUGGACAUAUGUGCAUACACACAUUCAUAGGCCCACAUGGGCAGGUGCACACACAUCCACAGACUUCACAUAAAUACGCUUCUGCGCAAGCUGGAGGGAAAAGUCUUGUGUGGUGGGCUGUGAACUGGGUGUGCAUACUUCCCAGAGAACGUCAUGUUUACUUAAAACGGAGCAUCUGAAAAACUACGCCAAGGCAAUGUUGAGUUCUUGUCAGUUACUUUCUUGAAAGCAAAGCAAGUGUGUCACUUAAAGAAAAACUAAUAGAAUUGGUUGUCAGUGAUUAAAAAUAAAACUACAAGUGAAAAUUGAAAAUUUGGGGAGCGAUAUCUACUUGCAUUGAACCUGCUAACUGCCCAGUGCAGACUUUUCUGAGGAAACAAGGGAAUGAGUAUUAAAAAAUGCUAUGUUUGACACAGAAUGAAGGUAAGAUUAUGGCAUGGGGGGGCGUUGUUCUUCAGUGCUGGUUUUUAAAAUUCUAAAGAAGGGAGAGAGAAUGUGGUAGGGAGAGAAUUGUUUAUUUUAGUUCUGUGUUUUACUUGAAGCAUUACUUCAGUGAGGUGUUGACACUAUUGAUGGAAGUGUGACAUGAGAGUACACCACUCUAAUUGCACUGCUCCGUGUACCGAGAGGCAGGAGGAUCACAAGUUCAAGACCAACUGAGGUUACAACACAAGAUCCUGUUCUCUAGACACAAACAAGUAAUAAAGCCAAAUAGUGAUUAUUUUGAAAAUGAGAGUAAGAUAAGUGACAAUUAUAGUUAUCAACAAGGAAAAUAAGGCUUUUAGUUUUUAUUUGGGGAACAAGAAAAAUAAGUAUCUGUAUUAAAACAAUUAAGAAUAAUUAUUGUUUUGAUCAAACAGCCUACAACUUAUUAACAUAUUUAAUAAAAUGUUACUGAGCAUACAAGAGUGAGUCUAAUGGAUACAAACCAUGUUACCAUGGAGUUCUUAAUUCUAGUAGGGGAUGAAAAAUUAAAAUGCUUCAGCAGAAUAUAAAACAUUCAAGGAAGCUUUUAUUUCUUUUCAUAAGAGCCUGGUGAGAUGGAAUUUACUUCUGGGCCCCUACUACUUCAUGUGAAAUGUGAUAUAAGUGUGCAAUAUUUAUGGAGUAUAUUAAAUGGGCUGUCUUCAUAGCAAGAUUCGUUCAGAGCACUAAGAGUUCAGUUCUGUGCCAACCAGGGAGCCUGCAUGAGACUGACCUAGGCCCCCUGCACAUAUGUUUCAGUUGUGUAGCUUCUUGUGGGACUCAUAACAGUGGGAGCAGGGGCUGUCUCUGAUUCGCUUGCCUGCCUGUGGGACCUUUUCCUCCUAAUGGGUUGCCUCAUCCAGCCUUAAUUAGAGAGGAGGUGUCUAGUCUUACUGUAGAUUGAUGUGCCAUGACUGGUUGAUAUCCAUGGGAGGUCUGCCCUGUUUUGAAGAUAAAUGGAGGAGGAGUGGAGGGGGAUGAGGGUGAGGGUGGCAGUGGGGGUGGGGAGAGGGAGGUUGUGGGGAGUGACUAGGAGGAGAGGAGGAAGGGGAAAAUAUAUUCUAAAGGGUAGGCUACAUGCCCAGUGGUAGAUGGCCAACAAAUGAACUCAACAGCAUCAUUGAAAGUUACUUGUCUCAUGUCAAGAAUGUUUUCCUUUUUAAUUAAAAAAAAAAAAACCUUUUAACUUAUUUAUUUUGCUGUUCACUCUACUUCUCAAUUGUAGUCCCCAUCCACCUCUCCUCCUGGUUCCACCCUCCCUCUCUCUUCCUCCUCCUUCCCCCACCCCAAGAAGGAGGAGUCUCUCGCCAUUAACCCACCCCAGCACUUCAAGUCACAUCAGGAAUUUAUUUUAUUUUAUUUUGACUAUAUAUAUUUUCUCUCCCUCUCUCUCUCUUUGUUUUCCCCUACAGGUCCUUUCCAUCUAUGUUAUGGCUUCCGGUUUAGUUUUUAUGGGAUUCCUGAGAGUGUGAAUAAAAUGGGUCUCUGUGUUUAUAUAAGUUUCAUGUGCCCCUUUGGGAGGGGUACUCUUUUUCUCUGUUUGUUUGUAUUAGUUUUUAUUAUAUUUAUUAUUAUACCAUAGAAACCUGCCUGUUUUCUAAAGAGAGAUAGAUCCAUAGAGAGUGGAUCCAUAUGGGAUGUGAGUUGUAGAGGGAGGAGAAAAUGUAACCAGGAUCGGUUAUGUGAGAAAAAAAAUAAAGCUGCUUUCAAUAAAAGUUCAGUUCUGCA